UCGAACACGGCUCAUGUAUUUGUAUAUUUUCACACAUGGACACUGCUCCUUCAGAGGUCAGAGAUCAAGCAGCUGGAAGGAGAGAUCUUCAGAGAACACUGUUUGUACCCUGGACACAGGAAGACCAACGUCAUAGUGACCAACAGGAGAGUGAUGUGUGUGAAGGAGGUGGAGUUUGUGGGACACUUCAACAAGGAGUGGGAGUGUCUGUUUGAGCAUUUCUCAAGGCCUCCGUACGUGGAAGGAGGAGACCUGAUGAUCUACUGCAAGGAACAGAACAAGCUGAAGUUCCAAAAGAGAGAUGGACAGGAACCCAUGAGAGUGCUGCACCUCAAGAACCCUGCCACCGCCCAGAAACUGUGUGAGGCCAUAGAGCAGGCCCAGUCGGCCCAGAGGCAGCAUCGGAUGGUGAAGCAAAAUCACAGCGCUUUCUCAAACUGGGAGACAAGUGUUGAUGUCAUCGCCCCGGCCCAUGGCAUGAUGUCAUGGUUACCCAGAAUGAUGUCAUGGUUACCCAGAAUGAUGUCAUGGUUACCCAGAAUGAUGUCAUGGUGA